CACUCCCUCCCCCUCUUCUCACCCCUUUGCCCCGUCACACCUCCCCCUCUUUCUCUCCCUGCUUUUCCUUCCAGUAUUCCUCUGUUGUGCCGUUGGCUUUGGUUGAGGGGACUGGGGGAGGGAUCUCGCGAUUGUUGGACCUUUUCUUUUUUUUCUCUUUUUUUUCUUACGGGGGGGGAGAGUUAUUUGGAAGAUGGCGCCCGUUGUUACGGGGAAGUUUGGUGAGCGACCUCAGCCUCAGCGUCUGACAAGGGAGGCCAUGAGGAAUUACUUGAAGGGCAAAGAUGAUCAAACAGUGCUCAUACUACAUGCAAAAGUUGCACAAAAGUCAUAUGGCAAUGAAAAAAGGUUUUUCUGCCCUCCACCAUGUGUGUAUCUGAUGGGCAGUGGCUGGAAGAAGAAGUUGGAGAUAAUGGAGAAGGAGGGUUGCACAGAGCAGGAGGCCCAGCCAUGUGCGUUCAUUGGGAUAGGCAACAGUGAGCAGGAGAUGCAGCAACUCAAUCUGGAGGGGAAGCACUUCUGUACAGCUAAGACACUGUAUAUCAGCGACUCAGAUAAAAGGAAACACUUCAUGCUGUCUGUGAAGAUGCUGUAUGGAAACAGCGCCAACAUAGGAGUUUUCCUCAGCAAGAGGAUCAAGGUCAUCUCCAAGCCCUCCAAGAAGAAACAGUCCUUGAAAAACGCAGAUUUGUGUAUAGCUUCAGGGACCAAGGUGGCGUUGUUUAACCGCUUGCGUUCCCAGACGGUUAGUACCAGGUAUCUUCAUGUGGAGGGGGGAAACUUUCUCGCCAGCUCCCAACAAUGGGGUGCCUUCUACAUCCACCUCUUGGACGAUGAAGAGUCUGAAGGAGAGGAGUUUGCUGUGAGAGAUGGCUAUAUUCACUAUGGCCAGACGGUCAAAUUGGUCUGUUCUGUUACUGGCAUGGCCCUGCCGAGACUGGUGAUUCGCAAAGUGGACAAGCAGACAGCAUUAAUGGACGCAGAUGACCCAGUGUCCCAGCUUCACAAGUGUUGCUUCUAUCUGAAAGAUACAGACAGAAUGUAUCUCUGUCUCUCACAGGAGAGGAUCAUCCAGUUCCAGGCCACAGCUUGCUCCAAAGAGACUAACAAGGAAAUUAUUAAUGAUGGGGCUUCCUGGACUAUCAUUAGCACUGACAAGGCAGAAUACACCUUUUAUGAGGGUAUGGGCCCCGUCCUCACACCUGUCACACCUGUCCCUGUGGUGGAAAGUCUACAGUUAAACGGUGGAGGCGAUGUAGCAAUGUUGGAGCUGACAGGGCAGAACUUCACCCCUAACCUCAGAGUGUGGUUCGGAGAUGUGGAGGCUGACACCAUGUACAGGUGUGGCGAGAGUGUCCUCUGCGUGGUGCCAGACAUUUCUGCCUUCAGGGAGGGCUGGCGCUGGGUGAGACAGCCGGUUCAGGUUCCCGUCACACUGGUCCGCAAUGAUGGGAUCAUCUACGCCACCGCCCUCACCUUUACUUACACCCCUGAACCGGGGCCCCGGCCCCACUGCAGUGCCGCCGGAGCCAUUCUGCGCUCACAUAGCACCUCUUCAUCGUCACCAGCAUCUUCAUCUUCACCGUCAUCCUCGUUGGGCGGGCUCACGGACGGCCAAGGGGCUUACAACAGUAGUGACUCAGGCAUGUCAUCGGGGGCAUCCAACAUGUCAGCGCUGUCAUUUGAUUUGAUUUGACUUUAUUAUCAGAAUAUUCUUCAGAAAUUUGUCUUGUGUCACAGGGCAUACACUGUUUCACAUAAAUAACAAAACACAAGAUUUACCCAGACAGCAAAACAAAUAUUGCAACAUAUAUUACAUUAGAUGUUACGAAUAAGUGGCUGCAGUGCAUCAAUUUAAUCACUCCCUUUAGCAUACAGUGCUUUGUCCGCACAGGAACACAGAGGCCUACUCAGAAACCCAAACUCUGAUGUAACAGUUUGACAGACGGAGAAACAAAAGAGUUCUGCAGUCUGUCCUGUUGAGCCUGUGGGAUCCUAAAUCUUCUGUUCGAUGGCUGAAGCCGAUAUUCAAAUAAAAUACGAGAGAGGUCGGAUGCAUUACUCGCCAGAGACAACGUGCAGCUUAAAAACUUGACUCAAGCGUUUGACCCACAAUCUUGAGCAGAUACGUAGCAGUCUAGCCGGUCGAGCUUUAAACUGAACAGAGACAGCCGUACAGCGCACUGAUUCCACACUGCAUACCACUCUGUAUUAUAGAUUGGGGGGAAAAAAUAACAGAAUCUGUUCGUUUGCUCCAAAUGACCCUAGCCUCCUAAGAAAGUAAAUGCGUCAUUGUACCUUGCUACAAAUAUAAUCUAUAUGUGCACUCCAGGAGUGAUGGUAAGACUUAUUCUGUAUAUGUGUUGUAUGUAUGCUUUGAAUGACUGAGUGGGAAAAUGUGUACAUGUACUUUCCAAAGAGGCUCAUGGACCUGUGAGUAAUUGCACACACACUGCAGACUCAGAAACUCUUUGAUCAGAGAGCAACUGUGAUCAACAGGAAUGCUAAAGAGAGAUGGGGGGGGGAGGUUAAGGACAACACUUGACUGAAUCCUCUCUUUAGCUCCCUCUCGUGGCUUGUUGUGGACAUGUCAAAAGCCUCACUAAAAAGGACCUUGAGAUCCAAGACCUUCAUCUAAAAGAAGAUGAAUCUGCCGUCUAACUCUCACAACAUGCCUGAUUUGUACAAUUUUUGUACUUUAUUUUUUUUUUUAUAUAUAUAUAUACGCCUGUGGGUUUGGAAGCUAUUUCACUAUGCUGUCUUUCUACCAAGGUCAUGUUUGUACUGAAGAGCUUGUUGAUUUAUCUGUUGUGUGCAAGGGAAAAUUUGUUGUAAGAGUAACAUAGUUUUUACGGACCAAGGAAUAUUAUUAUAUUAUUUUAUUCAUAUUAUAUUUUAUAAGCUUUUGCCGAGGUACAUUUUGACAUUUUUGUAUGAUACUGCAUAGUAAGGUUCACUUUUGUUACCAAAUAGAAUUUUUGUCAUGUUGACUCCUAUUUGAGUUUUGCCUCAUUGGGGUGGUAGAGGUGGAAAUGGCCUGUUAGUACGUCUCUUAAUAGUCCGACUGCAGCUCUUCUGUUUUUCUCAUCUUUCUUUGAUCUUCACUCGUGUUUUGGAACUAGAUUUCCAAAUUACUUAACAGUCAUUACAGCAAUUUUACAUGGUGUAUAACAAUGGAAAAAGAAAUGACUGAACUACAGUUGUUGGGAGACUCAUCAGACAUUUAAGAUGUGGAUAUGUGCCCGCAGUUAUUGACAUAGCUACCUUAGCUGAUCAGUCACAAAAUACUUUUUAUAUCAAAUCACAUUUUUAAUGAGUGUAGUGUAUGUGUGGGAUAUUAUGUAAUACACUUAUCAGUGUAUUCUGGGAGAUCAAGGCCUGUGUUUUCUAAUCAGCAUGCUUUUUUUGUGCCUAAACUCAAAUCUAAACAUAAUCACUACCUAUUUUACCAUAGCUAUGUACACAGCAGUGCAGUUUAUGUAGAAAUCACUGCUAAGUCGAGGGACAAAGAGAGAAAGUUAAAACUAAUAUCUUGUCUAGUCAUGUUCAAGACAUCAGUCCGUGCAAGGGGCUUUACAUUUCCUUUUUGAGUUUGAGCUUUUUUGUUUGAGGAAGAGCUUUAAUAACAUUGUCUCUGCCUUUUAGCUCGUAGCACUGUCCUCACAGUCCACCUACGCUCAGUAACGUCAGAUACUUUGGAUUUAAUCUUGGUCAAUCUUGUUUUGUCAAACGUGCCAUCUGACUGCAAUUACAGUAGAACUCACUGUAAUACAACCAGCAGUGGUUGUGCUUUGGGUCUUAUGCAAUAAGGUGAUGAUUUGUACAGAUUCAAACUCCUAGUUUGUUCUCUCUACCUACCUUGUUCAGCAGGUGGAACAUAAAAAUGGAACUGACUCACUAAACUAGUCAGGAAUGACAUUAUGUCAUUCAGGUUAUGUUGCCUUAAAACCACUACCAAGAGUAUCUGACUGAAAACUUCAGAUGUCUCCUGAUCCUGAUUUCCAUCAUGCUUUUUGUAUCAUACUGUAUAUCAUGUUUCAAGAUUGAGUUUUGAGUAAAUUUGCCAGGUGGAUGCGUUCAUGAUGAUGAUGUAUAUCACUUAAUUUCUUGUGUUUUCAGCAUGUCUAGGAGUAGAUUUAUGGUCGUAUGGCUAAAGUAUUUACAUCACAACAAACCAGCGACACCUCUUUGUGGUACCAUUGCGUCCCAUCUGAACAAGCUUUGUGUCCAUUUACAGUGCACAACAGUGAAAUGCAUGCAUCAUCUCCAGAUUUAAUUCAGUGUUUAUUACAUCUGAUUCUGCAGAGGUGGAGGGAAGUGGCAUUUUGGUCACCUGGAAAAAUCCCAAAUUGUACUGUAACUGUAUCUACAACUGUGCAGCAACUGUGCCUUACUUUGAUGUUUUGGUCAGUCAUUAUGUACCACUCACAAUAUCUACAAGGACAUGUGUGACGCACAUUAGAACUGUCAUAAGGUCAACUGUGAGCUAGCACGCUAAUUCAGCCUCAUGUUGUCAUACCGGCAGCUUAAUGGGCAUUUUCAUUGCUCUUCAGUGUUUAUGAAGUGUCUUUAUUCUCAUAUCCUGCCUUUAGUUUCUCACUGCUCUUUCCCUAUAUGAUGCCAGUCUUCCAUCUUUUCAGUCUUGUUCAUUGCUUUUGAAGUUUUAUCUGCCAAGGUUCUUCAGUGUCAUGAAGGUCAUUAAUAAAAACAAGUUGAAGUUGAA